AAAAUAGAUGAGCAAGAAUGUUUCAAGCUGUUUGGGACCACAGAUUCUCGAAAACCUGAAAAUGCAAUAGAAAUACUCGAGCAAAAGGAGCAAAAGCUCUUAUUUUAUCAAUCCACUGAGUUGGGAAGAGCAAGCAACUUGCGCAAAAGUUUAGCUUGGGAUAGUGCUUUUUUCACUAGUGCAGGAGUUCUAGAUCCAGAGGAGUUGUUUAUUAUAAAUAAAGGAUUUCAGAAGGCUGAAGCUCACCUAUUACCCGUAAUUCAAGAAGAUCUGUGUAGGUGGAGAUAUGCAGACUCAGAAUCUACAUUAGAUAGUGAUGACUUCUCUUUGGACAGCAACCAAAGCACUGAGGUUGAUCUGUUUGAAGAAAUAAGAGCAUCCAUUGAGAAAUCCAAUAUAAUGUCCAAUAUUUGCAAGUCAGUUUGCAAAUCAGGACUUGGAGAAGCCCACAAACGGGAAACCCACUCCUUGAAGAAACUUGGUGACAUCUCUCGAAAUAGGGUGAAAUCCACACUAACUUCUAGAAGGCAAAGCGUCUAUAUGCAAGGAUCAAAAAGAGUCAAGGAGGUUGCCCAUCCACAAAUUGUCCAGGAUGCUGAAAAGAAUGGUGAAUUUAAUUCGUUUCCUCAUAAGUCACCCAAGAUAUUAGGCAGGAUGAGCAUGGUGUCGGCAGGACAAAGAAAAAAGAUCUCCUUAGGUGCGGACCAUGUCAAAAUGGGAAAUAAAGUUGCAACCCUUGGAUCUGGGAAAGGUUUGAUAGUAUCCAAGAAAUAUGGAUUGGGGAACUCAUGUUCCACUAGCUCUACAACAUCCCUUGAAUCAUCAUCUUCAGUUUCUGUCACCACCAGUAAUGAUUCAUCAGCUUCUUGCUCUCUAUCUGGUAGUGCUUCGUCGUUGAAAUCUUCUUCAAACUUGAGAAGAAAAGCAGUUUUCAGGAAAAGUAGACUUGCUGCCUCUGGUUCAACCUCCAAGACUCCUCUCAGGUGCUCACUAGGAGACAAAACUGUGUUGGAAAAUCCUGGUUUGUCCACCCCAUCAUUGUCCAUGUCAAACCAUUCUUCUUAUAAAUCACCUGCUAGCUCCAUUGAUGGAUGGUCCUCAGAAUUAUCAUCAACUGCCAACCAAAGCUCCAACUGUUUAGAGGUCAGUUUUCAUACCAAUACUUCCAGAGGAGCUUGUUUAGGAAAUGAUGCUACCCAAGCAUUAAAUUUUCAGAGUUGCCCACAUGAUGAAUGUUUCGAUGAUCAAGAAAGUCAGCAAACAAGGUUUCCAAAUCUAUGUCUUGAAGUAGUUAGGGGAACUGCUAAUGAUCCUGCAAAAUCAACCAGGAAUUUCAAACCUUCGGGUCUCCGAAUGCCAUCACCAAAGAUUGGGUUCUUUGAUGAGGACAAAGCUACGAUGUCGACGGUAGGUGGAGAUUUCCUGUUUCAUUUUGGAGCGCAGAGUGCUUUGCCUAAUAUCAGUGGGGUGACAAACAGAAAAAGAUAUGCAGCACAGAAUCAAGAGCUAGAUAAAAAUUCCCCAAAAAUGUCCAGUACGUCUGCAACCUCGAGAUACUUACCAGGGAAAACUUCAAAAGGUCAGACUGAUACAUCUCUAUUGUGCAGAGAAAAUUGCUCAAGAUCUAGUAAAGCUAUUGAUGGGGGUCAUAAUUCAAAAAAACUAGGCCUGCAUUCUAGUUUGAAGGCAGAAAGGAAAAGAACAGAAGGGAUAUUGAAAAAUGAAAUGGGUGGACAGAGCAAGAGGCCAAUGACGAAAGAACAUAAAAGGGCCAACUGGUGCCCUCUUGAGAAUGAUCCUUAUUCACUUCAUGACAAUGAAAAAGAAAACAUACCUAGUUUUGAAGAUCAUGUUAAUGGUUUAAGUAGAUGUUUGGAGGUCAUUGAUCUCAAUAGGGACACGGUGAUAGAGCUUGAAGGGAAGAGGGGUUGCUGUCAUUCCCACCUUGGUGACAAUUUUGCUGAAAAUGACAGAGCCCCCAUAUAUUCAUCAUCCUUCUCUAAGGGGUACCAUUUUUCCCACCAGCAGGUUUCACCAAAUAUGCUGUCAAAGACUGGACCACUCUCUCUUUCGACGACAGUUGAGUUCAUGCCCAGCACAAGAACUCCAUUGGCGGACAAAAAUUCUGCUCCCAUGUAGCAGCAGAUUAAUUCAGGUUUAUAACAGAAUCAGAAUCAACAGUAGACAAGGCAGUGGAAAAGGUGUCAAAACACUCCAUUACAUGGCAUUGGAGAUCAGAAUUUUUUAUUUAUUUAUCUGAACCUAGGAUUAACAUUUCAAGGCAUGGGUCUCUGUUCUAUAUUCUUCUGUGAACACUUCCCAUAUAUUAGCAAAUUGUACGAUCAAGCUUGUCAUUUUGUGUUUUUUGAUUGUGCAAGAGUUUAAUUGGAUUGGAGUUCAUAGUACUUGUACAGGAAAAUUGUUCCUGAAUAAACACAUACUAUUUGUCAGAUCAGAUAUAAUAAAUGUGUUGGAUUUCUCAUC